AUGCUAUCGAGUACUUUUGGAAGCCUAUGCAGGUCUCCGCAGAGAGUUUUUAGAAGUAUAAGUUCAAAAAAAGACUCUCAAAUUUGUAGAGACGAUCAAAGUCAGUGAGAAUUUAUAAGAAAACGUAAGAGUGUAACAAAUCUAGGGAUUUGGAACAAAAGGAAGUACAUGAGUUCCUUGCUGGACCUUCCUAUGUUGGCUUUGAGUUUUUAUGAAAGUCUGCUGAUACAAAAUAAAAAUAUUACACAUAUUUCCCGAUCUCAUCCAAGGAGGAGUUUAUUUAAUCGAAGUUUUUGGAGAAUUUCGCCGAAAAUCGAAAUCCUUUAUUUUAUGAAGAGUCAGAGGUCAGAGUAUUGACAAAAAAUGAUUGGAAUAAAGCCAAGCCAAAAAAAAAAAUCAAAUUAGGACAAAUAGAGUUGACGAACAAGUAUCAGCAAGUCUCAUUGAGAUAACUCGAAGAACGUUGAUAUCCAAAAAAUGACUUUAGAUGUCUCACUUUUUUCCCACCCUGUAGAAAAAAAAAGUUGGACGAUUUUUUUUUCACCGAAAUUACUUGGUUUCUUAGAAAGAAUCUAAUCUUUUUUUUACGUAGAUGCUAAGUAGAAUCCUUCUGAAAAAGUUCUUCUCGAGAAUAAGAACGAAAACAACGGCUAGGAAGUGAGGGAAAUCGCAAAAUUGUAUGUUUUUCUGUUCGAGGCACGAGUAGAAUUGGCUUUGUCAGUACAGGUCUAUGCGGAAAUAAGAAGAAAUACACAAAAAAAUAAAUCGAAUAUUGCCGGAAUCAUCCCCACCAAAUGCCUCGUUUUAUGUAAUUUAGCUUCUCCGCUAAAAAGGAAGAAAUUAGGUUUUCACGUAAUAUCGAGAUUAAAUGGUCGGAAGUGUUGAACAGAGUACAUUUAAGAAAAUCAGGCUUUUUAAAGUAAUACAAUAACUUUCAGAAUAUCAGUUCAAGAGCUUCCAACUUUAAGCUGAUAAACUCUGAAUUGUAGUAAUUCAGUCUCAAUUUCAAAAAAAUUAUACUCUUACCAGUUAGUUCGAAAUUUUUUUGAGCCUGACUCACUAGAAAAGCAAUCUAUCAAAGUUUUUUAUUUCUGUGAUAGUAAUUCAAGCGUAAAAUCAGACUUAAAGAAGCUUCUGAAGAAGUUUAGCUAAUAAAAAGUCAAAUUCCAAGUUGAAAAUGUUUUCAACAGGAUAUAUUUUUACAUUCAAAUAUAUAGACUUGGUUCAAAAAGAAACCCUUCUUGAAAGUAGGAAGAACAGAAAGAAACAAGUAAAAAAAUGUUAUUUUGAACAGGAAUCGGUCCCGAAAAAAAUAGAUUUUUUUUUGUUCAAGAGGGAAAACUUUUCCAUUAGAUGUGAAAAAAAAGUUGUUUUUUCGCUCUAUUCUUGAAACAAGGGUUUAGAAAGUUUUUUUGAUCUAAAAAAAAAAAUCUUAUGACCUGAAGCAAUUUAAAAAAAGAUGGUGAUAUAUUGAACUUUUCUUGCAACCUUUAAGAUGAAAUCUGUGGGUUUUCUGGAUUAAAAGAGAUGUGGAUACCAGUUCAAAGAAAAAAAUUUUUCAGAACUACGAAACGGAGCUUGACAAAGGAAAAUUCGAACUUCUGCAAAAAUAUAAGAAAAUACACGAUGAGCGCGCCGCCAAAGAAGCGAGACAAUAGUCUUUCUUCUUCGGAUAUUCAAUAUUCCGGUCGAGGAACUGAGGUAUGAAAUUAGAUUAGAAGCGGUUCUCUGACACUGAGGAAAUAUAAUUGAAAACAAGUAGUUUUCUAAAAGUUAUUCGCCGGUCAAUCUAAUAACUUUUUUGUUGAUCUCCGGUUGUCAUAAAUUAUACUCCCUCACGGCGGUUAAAAUCUUUUCAAAAAUAAAUGGAUGACAAAUAAUAUUUACAGAAAAAAACUAGUUACAAGAUUCGAAAUCAACGAGAAAAAUUUAAAAUCCGAGUUGUCCUUAUUUUGCUAGCCCUUGUCUUUUCGAAAUGGGAAGUGGUUCAGAAAAUGAAUUACUUAAAAGGAUUAGUUAUAAGCCUCAUUAACAACAGACACCCCUCAUACUCGAAAUUUUGGAGUUCUGGAAAAUGGCUGGGAAAUUUUUGAUGCUCCUGAAACUCCCUAGUUUUCGGGAAGACAGCGACCGAGUUCCAGGAAGUGGCGCCAUUUUGAGGCGGUUUUGAUUUCUCUUUUCUUAAAAAUGGAACUUCCUUGAACUAAGGCGGAAGGUCACCAAAGCAUUUUGGAACUAUCUGGAAGUUUUUUUUGAAAGAUUCUUUAUAUAAUAAAGAAUAUUCUAAAAUCUUAAAACUCAUCAAUUUUUUUGAGAAUGGACUUUUUUUCGAAUACUCUAGGCGAUACAAAGAGCAUCUCUGAGGCAUAUGUUCUCAAAAAAAGGAAAAAUUUCUGUAAGCUGCGACUUCCUAGCUUGCCAUCUAAUGCAUGAAUGAAUCUUCUGACCAAGUUUAAGAGAAUUUUUAAAAUUUCGAAUAGUUGACUUUUUCCUGUCAAAAAGGAAUUUUCACAAUAAACAACUUGAGAGAAAUUAUCACACUAAAUUUCAUAGAGCUUUAAAUUUUAUACUUCACGGUUCGAUUGCUGCAACGAAUCAAAAAUUUUCAAAAAAGCCUAAUUGUUUUUAUGAAUGCUUAGUCGAUCAGCUUUGAAAUAUGAUGACGUCAUUAAAAAUUUAUUAGACUGAAAAAUGAUACUGGCGAAAAUAGAAAAUGCCUUGGUCUACCCAUGAGGAUGUUUUCCGGAUUGAUAGAGUUAGGAUUCAGGGAGAAAUCGAACUGUAUCAUUCCCAAGUGUUACAGUUUUGUUGGAAAAUACUUUGAUGAGUGUUCAAAUGACCAUAUGGAUUAGAUAAACUCGAAAAAAAAUAUAGGAGAAGAACAGUUUUUUUUCCAGUUUUUUCAGGUUAUGCACUAGUUAGGGACUUCUAAGAAGUACAACAAGGAUUUUGAAACAGAUGAAAAUGAAAAAAAAAAAGACGAGGAACACAUUUUGAACACCUCCAUGCUCUUUAUUUUUUUGUUUUUAACAAUUUUUUCGCUGCAAGCCGUAGACAUGUAAAUGAAUUUCUUUGGCGCGAAUGCUAAUGCUUUUUUCGGGACGCAAUGAAAAUGGCACGAGACAGCUGGAACUCUUCAAGACUUUGUGAAGUGUUUAGCAUUCAGCUCACUAACCUUUCGUUUCAAAGUUGACUUAGUUUAAUUAGAAAAAACGGGAGAGUUCAAAGCCUGAAAAAAUAUCCUUAUUUGCUACAGGCAAUUUCGCGUUGACGUAGAACAAUUUGAACGUAUCCCAUGGGGUACUUAGUAUAACCGUGAUGACUCGUAUUUUCGAGGGUUCUGCAAGAUAACAUAUGGUGUCUGGAGAAUACCAUAGACUUCGCAGGAAGUUUUCAAAUAAAUACCAAAGGAAUAAUUGUAUUUUGCGCUUGGAAAACUUUUUGGAAUUGACUCAGACACUUCUUGAUAACCCAGAUGAUGCUCCUGAAGAUCAUAAUCACCACAAAUUAUUUUUUUUUUGGUUUGGACACUUCAAAGCCGAAGAAAAUCAGGAAAAAUAUUUGGUUUCAUAUUUGAGGAAAAUUCUUAAAAGCUGGCGAAACAGGCCUUCUUUUUUAUAAUAAAAGAAGUUUCGAAAGUUGAGAAUAACAGGAUCUUUAUCUGCAACAUCAAGGAUUAUUCUAGCAAGUUUUGAAAAACUCUCAAGUGCAAAUUAAAGUUAGCUUUCUUUCUUGAAGAUCAAAUUUUCUUUUGAUCUUUUGAACACGGUAUAACUGUCUAAACAGGUUUUUUUUUAAUUUUUGUGAAAAAAAUUUACAGUUUUUAUAUAAGAAAAUUUUUUUACAAUACACAAUGACAUGCAAGAGUAGAAUGAGAACUUUGAAAAACUUCAAAAAAAUUUGUUCAAAAUUACGAAAACUUCAAUUUGGUAGUGUUAAGCAAACGUGGAAAUUUUAAAAAAGGUGUAUCUUUUUUAACUCGUUUGAUGCUUCAAGUUUCAAAACUCGUUCCUUUGGAACAUGCCUCAAAAUAGAAAUUUAGUCUAAUGGGCGAUCAAAAAAAAGUGGAAAAAGCAAUCUUUGCUGAGUUUUGAUACUUUGCUGCUACUUGUGCAGACAAAAAAGUCGUUGUAUAAAAAAUUUUUUCCACGGAAAGCUCAAAAUAGUACCUUUUAUACUUUGGGGCCUUUUUGCCUCGACCUUUAUUGUGUUGAAAAAAAUUAUCGAAGAUUUUAUAAAUGAGUUAAAGAAAAAAAAAUUGUAUUUGAUUUAUUCAGAACUUGGACGCCUACUCGACGGAGGCGGAUUUGAACUCCGACACGGAAGAAAAUGCAUUCAGACCCAUCUUCAAAAAGUAUAAAAAACGCGUUCCUCCACCGGAUUUCCGAAACGUCAUAGGUUUUUAGAUAUGUGUUCUUUUACUGCUGCCUUGGAACGGAAUUCAAUAAGAGUUAAUGCAAAAAUAAAGUUGGAAAGGGAAGUCUAAAUCUACAAAUUUUGAGAAUUUGCUGAAACUUGGCUCAGGUGUAAUCAUUCUGAGAAACAUUCUUAUUUGAGUCUCAAUUAAUGAGGAAAACUUGUCUGAUUGCACUUUCCUCGUCAUACUUCCCUGUGUUAAUUUCUUUCCAAGUCAACAACGAAUGGAUUAUGAGAUAAUCAGUUAAUUGAGGCUUCAGAAGUGAGAGAGCCAAAUGAAAAGGUCGGUCUUCGGUCGAGACUCGUCCGAGAAACUUAUUCAUUCGAUGACGAAGACAUACGGAUAUGUAACGAAUUAGGUUGGGAAUCGCCUAUGUUCCUUUAAUUCAUAUUACUUUUAAUUGACAGGUCUUCGACCAAUCGAUGAAUGGCGGCUCUGCGAGUUUUCAGACCGGCCUGGACUCUACAUUUUGCCCGACAUCCUAAGGUAUUUGAGGGACGCGAAAAUAGGAGAAAAGUCGGAGUAGAUGUCCUCCGCGACUUGUGAGAAACGGAGAUGUGAAAAUGUAUUCGGCAGUUUCUUUUUUCGCCUAUUUCUCUCGAGACGAUUGUAUCGAGAAAGAUGCAAUAAUGUACUAGUCGGGCGGACAAAAAAGACCUCUGCAUUUUGUGUAUUCCGAGAAUCGGAAGAAUUUUUUAUGGGCGAGGACACAAAGAGGACAUUAAGAUUUGAAAUAAGAGAACAUUCCGAAAAAAAAUAGAGGAAGCUGACAAGUCGGCGGAUAAACUAUGUCACGCAAGUUUUUCUGAUUUUGCAACUCUAGGCGGUGAGCGAACGGAGUAAAGCUCAAAACAUUUCGAAAUUCUUAUGGAUUUUCCUGAAAAUCUACUACAUUUAUGGCCAAGCUUGGUUCGAAAAGUUUCAAAAAUAGGUAGCAAAAAUACGGAGUUUCAUUUGAUUUUUCUGAAGAUGUAUUUUCUAUAAAGCUUGCAGUUCGUUCAAAGCAUCUUGAUAAGUUGAUAAUCAGAAGAAAAAAAAGCCUAACUUGUUUCUGUUUUGAAUGAGAGCCAGCCGAAAACGUUGUUUCACUUUUUAGGUGUCAAAAGAAUGGAAUAGUUCGGGAAGAGGCUGUUUGAAAACUUCUUUAAUGAUGUAAAAAUUAUCUCCUGACUUUCCUAAAAAAAAAUGAUCAUGUGAGUAAGCUUUGGUAUAGAUGAGGAAAAAGCUAAUUUUUAUCUUAUUUUUUUGAAAGAAGUAAUAAUUUAUAACACUAUCAUUUCCAGUUGACCCUAAGAUUCACGAGUAAAUUACAUCAAAAGAAAAAAAAAACCCAAAAAAGAUGUUAUAUUUGUAUCGCCGGGUUCAUUCCAAGCUACUCCAACCCGAACUGGGGAUUUCUGAGUUUCUAACUUGUAAUUUGAAUUGAGAGCUUGGAAUAAGAAUAGAGAUGUCAAUUUUGCAUAUAAGUUCGUUCGAAAUUUUCUGAGACUAGUAUUUACGAAGAUAACAAUAUUACUUAUCAGUUAACCAGUGUUUAGCUUGCAAGUUCAUUUUCUGCGCUUUGUAAAAGCUUCGCGCCUGUAAGAUAUAGUCUGUGUACCACGACUUGGAAUUUCACCAAACGACAUUCCGCUGUGCCGCUGCGCGCCUUUGCGAACCUUGGUCGCGCUUUUAAUUUUUUUUUCUUCUUUUAUUGAGGUACUCUACUUUCAUGGGCUCCCACAUCAAUAAUAAUCAAUUCAAAGCGUGACCUAGAUUCGAUAGACGCUUCGCGAACGCACGCAGCGGAACAGCGGAAUGUCGUUCGGUGAAAUUUCAAGUCGUGGCACACAGACUAUAUGAAGAAGUGUCGUUUUUUAGUCUGAAUUUCAAAAAUUCUCAAAAUGUUCUAAUUUAUUAGAAAAAGUGUUCAGCCAAAUUCCAUUAGUCAAUCGGCGUAUCCACCAAAAUAGCUAACGGAGUGCACUUCCGAUUUCAGUCGGAGUUUGCACGCGAUCAAUCAAUAGAUAGCAUACAGAGGCUGACCCUUUUUUUUCUUUUUAUUUGUCUUUCAUUUUUAAGUAGAAAUAUUCAGAGCGGAAGAAUCUCCCAGGUGGCUUGGCAACACUUUCAAGUUCGCUGAGCCUCCGAACACUACUAACCUCACGGCUCAUGGUACCAGUCCAGCUAGGUAAUUUUUUGCACUUUUCAAGAGUAAAUCGAACACUAGACCUCGAUUUUUUUGGAAUUACUUCCAAGUAAAUCAAAUCAGACAUUCCUCAAAGAUGGCUAUUUUUGCCGCUUGAGUGACUACUAGUGAAGUGGAACUUUCAGCGACCUUCUGAGAAGUUUCUAUUUUCAGAAGAUUUUCAAAAUUUUCCCAAAUCCGAUUCUUUUUUUUUUGCUCUUUAGUAUCAGAGAAACCUCUCAGCGGCUAGAUCUAUCCCAAUCUUGCCAUGGUUUUUUUUUCGAAAAGAGCGAAAAAAAAAUUUCUCACAAAGAAGUUUUUUUGACCUUGGGUCAGAAGUUUUCUGAAAAUCGGUCAUAAUAUUUCUUGAUUCACCGGAGACAACCCCUGAAAGUCUUAACCUACCCAACUUCCUGGUUAUUCAAAGAUGAGAAUACAAAAAGCUUCAAAAUAGCCUGUUCAGACGUAUCAUUAUGGUUUUUGUUGCCUUUAAGAUUUUCCUUAUCAAAAAGUGGUAAGUUGUCCAGAUUUAGACUUUCUUGAUCUUUAUCUGGUGAGUCAGGGAGUUUUCUGGCCUAGUUUCAGGAAGUCCGCGACCGCAAAGUAUAAUGACCAUGAUUGUCAAGCUAGCGGUGAUUAGACUGUUCAAAUGUCGCAUACCAUAGAGAAGAGUUGCAGUGACGUUCUGGCGACUGCCGGUAAGACUUUGCGAUGGACGACGCUUGGAGUGGAGUACGACUGGGUAACCAAGGAAUAUCCGCCGACUGGGCGGCCUUUGCCUCGUGAACUUCGACUUCUCUCACAGGUCUUGUGGUAGAUUAGCUAAUUAAUCAAUCAGAGAACGUUGUAGUGAAGCUCGAAACCUCUUUGUUCGUUAAUUGGAACUUAUCAAUUAUGACUCUUUCGUAUUCGUACCUCGUGAUAGUGUAGACUUUGCUCUAGAGUUUGAAAAGAUCAAGGGAUAAAAAUAGAUUUUUUAGCUUAGAAACAAGAACUUUUCAAGAUAUUCUCAUGGCUGAAACAUCAUUCGCCACGGCUUCGAUAUUUCUAGCUCGCCUGAGCUCUCUUUUCUCUCACCUUUACUAAAACGCUACUGAGAGAUCAAGAGAGCGCAGACAGGUCAGAAUGUUUCAUGCCGUGACGCAUGAGGUAUACGGACGAAGAAUAAAAGAAACAGAUAAAAAUGGGGCUUGAGUAAGUUGAAUUCCUCAAGCCAGGAACUCAACUUUUCAAAAACGUCCAAAAACAAGGAAGAAAGAUGAACUUGGAAGAAUCCUAACUCAAUUAAAAUUUGCAGUGUUUCAAUAAUAACGAAGCUUCUUACGUCGAAAUUGCUCUUUUUAGGUUGUCUGCCGCAGUUUGGGCCUGGGUAAAAUUGAGCCGGACGCUGCAAUUAUCAACUAUUAUCCUCCCAAGUCUACGCUCUCGCCUCAUGUAGAUAGGUCGGAAUAUCAGAUUUUUCAUGAAUUGAAAUGGAUCAAAGCGUCGCGGUUGCGCUGCGUUUGGGAAGUCCCGAAUUGUAUCUAAACUCAAGCUGUGCCCGACCAUGAGCGACUUUUAACUUGUGCUAUCAGAUUUCUAGCUCUGAAGAAAUGAUUGACCGCUUCGCAACCGCAGCGCUUUUGGCAGUUCUCAGUGACAAAAAGGGAAAAAUGAGCAAUCAAAGCUGUGUCUGCAUUCAUUUACAUGGUGAAAGGAUAACAGAUUCGUCCUUUCUUGGAAUAUCCUAGGAAUUUCAAAUGCUCUUCAUAAAUACCUUCCAAAAGCUUGUUCUCAUUUUUCUUACGAGAUCGUUAAAAUCUUUUUUUUUUUUUGAACUCAAAAUAAAAACAAGAGAAUGAAAUUAUUCGCAAUAAAAAGGGUAAUAUGCGAAAAAAAUAUAGAACUUGAGGCUACGUAAAUAAAGUUAUAGUCAAACCGAUCCAAUCAACUUUUUUAUUAAAUUCCAGCAAGCCGUUUAGAGCCUCUUUUAUAGAAUUAUGGGACGACUAGAAGGUUCUUUGAAAUGGAGGGAAAAUGGAAGUGGAGUCUGUUUUUCACUGAACGUUUCGGUAUUUGUUUUCUUGCAUGAGAACGCCUGGUAAUCGGAAUAUCGGUUAGUCAGCCAAUUAAUUUGAGAUCUUAUCAAAUAUUUUUCGUUAUCUGGAUGCAAUUAGUGGAGAAACCACGUUUAGAGAUAUUCUCAAUAGGAUAUCAUCUUAUUAUUUCACUGCAUACGUUUCCAAGAAGAUUUUAAAAGAAGCGGAUUGAAAAUUUGUGAAUAUAAAGUUGUAAAUAGGUUUACCAACCAUCUUUCUCGGAAUUUCUACAAGGAAACUGGGAAGCUUUGUUUAUUGGGUAUGAUUGCUGGAAGUUAAAGCUUCUUUUGGAAUUGGGACAAGCCUCAUUUGAUGCAACUGAAAUAUUUUCAAAUAUCCGUGUAGCUUUCAACUAGAAUAACCCCUAGGCGCAACAAAAAAAUUUUUAUAAUCAAAAAAAGUUGAUAAAGUUCAUAGUUUUUUUCUUUUUAUUUUUUUGUUUCCAACAUUUUUUUGGUUUCCUUCUUCUACCCAAAAGUCAAGCUUGGACCUUGAUGAUUUACAGCUUUUCAUGAAUAUCAUUAAUUUAACCAUCCAGAAGGCUGGUAUUUAUAAUUCAGAGAAAAAUUUCCUCCUGUACCAUAAGAAAACUAAUCUCAGGUCGGAGAGAUCAAAAGCUCCCCUGGUUUCUCUGUCGCUUGGUCAAGCUGCAGUCUAUCUUACUGGAGGUCGACGACUCUCGGACCCGCCAUUGCCGCUCUGGCUUCGCAACGGCGACGUGCUCGUGAUGCACGGCGAGCAGCGACUCGUCUACCACGCAGUCGCCUGCGUCGGCGUCGCGUCGCAGAAGCAGUCGUUCGUCUGCGCGACCGAUCCGCUCGUCGAAGACUAUCUUAACAACUGUCGCGUCAAUAUUACCAUGCGCCAGGUCAACCCGUCAUCUUUGAAUGAAUCUCAGCAAUAACUUUUUAGGGGUUUAUUUGAUAUGAUGUGAUUUUUAUGGUUCAUUUUUCAAAUGGUUAGUCUUUUUUCAGAUUCUUCACUUUUUUGAUAUUUUGUCCAUCUGAAAGUAUACUUUUUUUCGUUUUUCUUUCAUCGGGGUUUUUUUUCAACAGUUUCUUGUUUAGGUCCUGUAAAUGAAGUCCUUAGAAGAAUUUUUUUGUGUUGCUUUUUAAGUUUUAUCGCCUCCGUUGUUGUUGGCGUUUUCGAAGAGAUUCGCAGAUUCAAAUAUCUGAACUAAAGAGUUCAAUCAAGGUGUGUUAAGUGUGCUCUAGUGAUAACUUGGUUUGUUUUUGCAAAAUCCUUUCGAACGCACCGUUAUUUUGUUACAAAUCAGUUAUGAAUGAAAUAAAGAUGAGUUUUAAAUUUAUCUCUAGCUUGAACUUUUUUUUUCGUUUUUACUCUGUUGAAACCGAGAAUUUAUCUUUAACCAACCUCCGAUUUUUUCUUAUUACCAAUUUUUUUUUGAGAUGUUGCGUUUCUCUUCACUUUUGGCUCGAAACGUCCAGCUGGCCGCUUCCAAGCAGGUCGCCGCCCUGUCAACCGCGCCGGAGAUGAUCAAGGUGGAACACGUCGGCGAGAAGAAGAACGUCGCUCUCGUCACUCUCAACAGGCCCAAAGGUAGGCCAGGGGUAUAAUUUAUGAUUUUCAGCAAGUUAUUUUUCUAAAUCUUCUACUUAUUUUUGUCUAAAUAUGAGACUAUAGUUUUUAUUUUUCGCAUAGAUUUGCGGUGAAGUUUUACAUAGGCAUAAAAGAAAAGCUCUUCCUGUGUUUCGAGAGAUUUUUUUUAAUCUUUGAUAACGUAUAUGAUUCAUUAAAAAUCUACAAGGCAUUCAAAAAGAAAAAUCUAAAAAAAUAGUCAAAAAAAUUCAAGCAUCUUUUUCGAAAGUUUCAAACAUAAUUUUUUUCAUUUUAAAUUCAUUCAUUCAUUCUGAAAAAUCUCGAAAGAGACUAGGAAAAAUUUUCUUGAACUUUCCUUCAAAAAUAGCAGCGAACAGCUUUUUCAGACCUCAUUACUUUUCUCUCUUCACAAAAUAAGAAGCAGGAGUCCUGGUAAACUUUUCUUUUUUAUAGUAGCUCUUUUUUCAAUAAUUUUUGACUUUUUUCUGAUUUUAACUGACUAGCCCUAAAUUUAGAAAAGAACACGUCAAGUACUUUUUUUUCAGUCAAACUCAUUUUUAGCGGCCUAUUUUUAUUUGGAAAGAAGUCUUGUCUUGCAUAGACGAACAAUAUCUCCAUGACAUUUUUCUUCCUCGUUACCAUGGCGCGUAACUCAAAUUUUCUUUUGAAAGAGGCAUAUACGAGUAAUUAUCAAGGGAACAGACAUAACACGCCGGCUGAUACCUGGAACAUCCACCUGCUUUCUAUCGAUUUGCAGCGUUGAAUGCGCUCUGCAACCAGUUGAUGUCGGAGCUGGCGACGGCUCUGAAGUCGCUCGACGACGACAAGAAGAUCGGCGCCAUCGUCAUUACGGGCAACGAACGAGCCUUCGCCGCCGGCGCCGACAUCAAGGAGAUGGUGAGAAUUGUCAGACGUAAUUGAGCAUCCCAAUAAAGCUUUUCCAUUUUUAACGAAUUGAGCCAACUCUGUCAAAAACGUUCAAAAUUUCUAGAUAAGAGCCGUUUCUACCACAUAAGCAUUUUUGAGUAGCUUUGCUUCUUUUUGUUGUCCUAAUUUUUUCAUUACUUUAGGCUUUCUUUCAAGCAUGAACUUCAUAAGAAAGUUUUCCCUUUUAUCAAGCCUUUCUUUUUGGAAAUUUUCUCCACAUGGGGCUUGUAGGUGAACCGCGAGUUCUCCGAAACCCUCGGCAACAACUUCUUGGGUGACUGGACGGCCGUCAGCGACGUCCGCAAGCCAGUCAUCGCCGCCGUCAACGGGUUCGCCCUCGGCGGAGGCAACGAACUCGCCAUGAUGUGCGACAUCAUCUACGCCGGCGACAAGGCUCAGUUCGGACAGCCGGAGAUCAACAUCGGCACUAUCCCUGGCGCAGGUAUCAACUAGUGUGAUCUAAGCUUUCUGAGUAUGAGUCCUAUGAGUUUGAGUUUGAAGCUUGAGAUGCUAGAAUUAGAUUUUCAAGUCUGAAGCCAAAAGUUAUUGGGAAACGAUAAGUCUCUGAAAAAUUCUCCCAUCGUGGUAAAACCAACUGUUUGAGCUUUCUGAGCAUGAGCUCUUUCUUGAUAAUCCAAGUUUGAAGCAUAAAAGUCUAUUUGAAGUGAAAGAAAUCGAUCUUCAAAGCCAAAUAAACUUGAAAAACUUUCAAAAAAAAAAACCUAAAAAGUCUACAAAAUGUUCUCAUUGGGGAAAAACUGACUGUUAUAACUUUCUGACCAUGAUUCCUUCCAUAAAAUAAAUUGAAGGAGGCACUCAGCGCUGGCCUCGGUACACCGGAAAGUCGUUGGCGAUGGAGUUGGUCCUGACUGGAAACAAAGUCUCCGCCCAAGAAGCCAAGGAUGCCGGUCUCGUCAGCAAAGUCUUCCCAGCUGACAAGGUGGGUUAAAUCUGAAUCAAUGAAAUUAUUCGAAAAAAUAAAAUAUAACACGAGGAAGAAACCCCUGAAUUGAAGAGACGCCAGAGAAGUAGAGGUCUCUUUUUCUCUGGCCUCUCUUCGACUCGCUUUUUUUCUUUUCAGUGAAUUUUUUCACUGACUCUCUCUGAACAGCUCACCGAGUAUUUGAAAAAAAGUUCAGAGGAUUCCAAAGUAUAAAAAAAGCACCUGCCCCUUAGGAAAAUUAGCAAACCAAGAGCCUUGCUUUUUCAGUUCUUUCGGCCAAUUCGGAGACUUGAUUUUUUGAUUUUCUCUAAUUUUAGCUUGUUGGUGAGGCCGUCAAGCUCGGAGAGAAGAUCGCCGAGCAAUCGCCGCUGAUCGUGCAACUCGCGAAAGAAGCCGUCAACAAAGCCUACGAGACGACUUUGGCUGAAGGCGUCCAUCUCGAACGACGCCUCUUCCACGCCACUUUUGCCACCAAAGACCGAAAGGUUCUUUUUCCACUUUCUCAGUCCUUCUGAUCAUUUUGAAAUUUUCAGGAGGGCAUGAGCGCGUUUGCGGAGAAGCGCAAGCCGACCUGGACUUCUUCGUAA